AUGGCCUUCAGAGUUUACUUGGUUUGUUUAAAGCAUGUGAGACAGGAGCUAUACGAGAGCUCAGCCGUGCUCGUCCAGAAAAACAUCAACACAUCUCACAGCGAGACAUCCCAAAGAAGUGAGAGACAGAACAUGGUGGGAAGGCUUCAGAGCCAGGAUCAGCUUGAGAAAUUCCUGAUACUGAGAAACAGAGGGGAAAAUCAAAAGCUGUUGCCCACCAUCUAUGCCAUCACGCCCACGUACAGCCGGCCCGUGCAGAAAGCGGAGCUCACGCGGCUGGCCAACACGCUCCGCCAGGUGGCGCGGCUCCACUGGAUCCUCGUGGAGGACGCGGCGGCGCGCAGCGAGCUCGUGAGCCGCUUCGUGGCGGCCGCCGGGCUGCCCUGCACGCACCUGCACGUGCCCACGCCGCGCCGCUACAAGCGGCCCGGGCUGCCGCGCGCCACCGAGCAGCGCAACGCCGGCCUGGCCUGGCUGCGCCAGCGCCACCAGCACCUGCCGCCCCCGCAGCCCGGCGUGCUCUUCUUCGCCGACGACGACAACACCUACAGCCUGGAGCUCUUCCACGAGAUGCGCUCGACCCGCAAGGUGUCCGUGUGGCCCGUGGGCCUGGUGGGCGGCCGGCGCUACGAGCGGCCCCUCGUGGAGAACGGCAAGGUGGUGGGCUGGUACACGGGCUGGCGGGCCGACCGGCCCUUCGCCGUUGACAUGGCCGGAUUUGCUGUGAGUCUCCAAGUGAUUCUGGCCCAUCCCAAAGCUGUAUUCAAGCGGCGCGGGUCUCAACCAGGAAUGCAAGAAUCUGAUUUCCUAAAACAGAUAACGACAGUGGAGGAACUGGAACCCAAAGCAAACAACUGCACAAAGGUUCUUGUCUGGCACACACGAACAGAGAAAGUAAACCUCGCGAAUGAGCCAAAAUACCACGUGGACACGGUCAACAUCGAGGUGUGAUGUGGAGGCACCGGGGACACGAGCGCACGGCGCCCAGGGCCCGGCGCGGCGCCGCUCGGCCACGUGGAGCCGUCGGCUCCGGUGGCGUCUCCGAUCGCUGCCCGAGGGACACUGGCUUGGGUGGAAACUAAAGGGUUGUCGUCUCCUGCCCCGCUGCGCGAACCGGACGGUGUGCUUCGUUCUAACGUGUUGCAUGCGUUGCUGAACUCGCUCUUAAACUGACACUUACCUUUGUUUUAAGACUGUUUCCACRUAGCAAACACAAUCGAGAGACAAACGUGACUGCAAUGGAGCAUUUCCAGAAUCAUCGUUUAUGUAUAUAGGUUUUGUAUUUAUCCAGCCGAAUGGUGUAAUUAUAAACUGGUUUUAAAUCACAAGCUGUUGACCACCAAGUAUUUAUGUAAAGGAAUCCUCCAAGUUGAAUAUGUUUUCCUUCAUUA